CCCCCCUGGGCUCUGGCCCAACAGGAGCCCAUCUCAGGGGGCAGGGGUGGGGCCUGGGCCCCUCCUCUGCCGCAUCAUUCUCUGCUCAGACAUGCCACCGGUUCUGGCUCGGCUACAGCAAGCAGCCAAGAUGGUGAUGACCAGGAAGAAGGUGGUGGUGCUGCUGGUACUGGGUGGGAUGCUGAGCCUGCUCCUCCACCAAGGAUCGCAGCUCAGCUGGUCCCCCAGGCUGCUGCUGUUCCCCGGAGCCCCGUGCCGCCCGACCGGCCGCACGCGGCCCAAGCACACGGCCGUGGCCUUCGUCAAGACGCACAAGACGGCGGGCACGACGGUGCAGAACAUCCUGUUCCGCUUCGCCGAGCGCCACAACGUGACGCUGGCGCUGCCGCGGCCCAGCUGCGAGCACCAGUUCUGCUACCCGCGCGACUUCUCGGCGCGCUUCGUGCACCCGGCCACGCGGCCGCCGCGCAUGCUCGCCAGCCACCUGCGCUUCAACCGCGCCGAGCUGCGGCGCCUGCUGCCCAACGACACGGUCUACGUCACUAUCCUGCGCGAGCCGGCCGCCAUGUUCGAGUCGCUCUUUAGCUACUACAACCGGCACUGCCCGGCCUUCGUGCGCGUGCCCAACGGCUCGCUCGAGGCCUUCCUGCGCGCCCCGCGCGCCUACUACCGGCCGGACGAGCGCUACGCCAUGUACGCGCACAACACGCUGGCCUACGACCUGGGCGGCGACAACGAGCGCAGCGCGCGCGACGAGCCGGCCUACCUGGCGGGCCUCAUCCGGGACCUGGAGGCCGCCUUCUCGCUCGUCAUGAUCGCCGAGUACUUCGACGAGUCGCUCGUGCUGCUGCGCCGCCUGCUGGCCUGGGACCUGGAGGACGUGCUCUACGUCAAGCUCAACGUGCGCAGCGCGUCCUCGCGCCUGGCCGCGCUGCCCGAGGGCCUGGCGCGCGCCGCGCGCCGCUGGAACGGCCUGGACGCUGGCCUCUACGAGCACUUCAACGCCUCCUUCUGGCGCCGCGUGGCGCGCGCGGGCCGCGAGUGCGUGCAGCGGGAGGCGCGCCAGCUGCGCGAGGCGCGCGAGCGCCUCCUGCACCGCUGCUUCGGGCCGCGCCCGCGCCUGCGCCCGGCCGCCGAGAUCCGCAACAAGCAGCUGCAGCCCUGGCAGCCGCUGGGCAACGUGGGCAUCGUGGGCUACGACCUGCCCAGCCGCCCGCCGGGGCCCGGCGGCGACGAGUGCCUCAAGGUGGCCAUGCCCGAGGUGCAGUACUCGAGUUACCUGCUGCACAAGCAGAAGCUCCGCGCCUCGGCCUGGGCCGAGCGGGGCCGCGCCGGCUUCGGGGCCGGGGACCGGCCCCCGCCGCCGCCGCCGCCGCGCCCCAUCCGAGCCCUGCCGCGGCUGGCCCGGAGGGGCUGA